CACGCACCUCCCACACGUCCACGCCGUCCACGCCCCGGUUUCUCACGCGAGAACCUCGCGUUUGGCCCUCCUUCACCCCCAUACGCGCACCGGCACCCUUUCUACCCGCCCGCCUGUACCCAUGGUCCGCCGCUCCUCCUUGCGGCCUCGGUCUCCAUCUCCGCCGCCCGCCUGCCUCUGCGCGCGCCCUGCCCCCGGCAUCCACCGCCUCCAGCCCCAGUGCGCCCGCCUCCGGCCCCGGCGUCCUCGGCCCGCGGCGCGCCCGCCUUCGCUCUCGGAGCACACGGCCUACGCGGUCGGUGAGCCUGGCCUCCGCACCCGGUGUGACCGGCCCCCGCGCGGCCGACCUCCUGCCCCUUGCCUCCUGCCAUCUCCUUCACGGGUCGCCGGCGGGCUCGCCGCGGCGCGCACCGCUCACGCCGACCCCCUCCUCCCCGCUUCCCCGCACUCGCCGUCCACGGAGGGCGACGACGAGGGGGCACCAACCUCUGAUCCGGAGCGGCGGCCGGAGGUCCUGGCGGCGUCGGCGUCGGCGUCGCUCCGAGUGCCCGACGGGGAUGAGGACGGCCUCGCGGGACCACAAUAUGUAUGCACUAAUUUCUGGACCUUCGUAUGCCUAUCAUGCAGUGGAAUUCAGGAUUUGCAGGCUUGUUUUUGGUGGAAAUGUGUUUGUAAUGGCAAGCGAAGAACACACAACGGUGCAUUCUGUGGAGAAGCCUGACACAAGGAUCCCACCAGAUGUCAUUGAGGAGAUACUUCUCAGGCUUCCCAUAAGCUCUCUUCUUAAACUGCGCAGAGUCUGCAAGCAAUGGUGCAACAUGAUCAGUGACCCCCGCUUCAUCAUGGAACAUGCCUAUCGUGCACCUAAACACCUCCUCCUUUACUUGCCUAAAGUGGAUUUAUCGGCAUCCCUCCAUUCCAAGACUCUCAAACCAUGCCAUGCAACGAUCAUUGAUGAGAAAUGGUCUCCAUGGACAUGGGCAGCAUUGCAUAUGGACUCGGACGGUCACCUCUUUGCAUCAUGCAAUGGUCUGCUUUGCUUCUACAAGAUACACACACUGAAGAUAGCCAAUCCUGCAAUAGUUCAAUGCUUGCAUCUCUUGAAACCUGACGGGAUAAUGUUGCACGACUUCCACUAUCUAUACAGCUUUGGAUUUCACCCGACGAGUAGAGAAUACAAGCUUGUGCACUUUCUCCGUGAGCCCCAGCGCUAUAAAUCAGGACAGCCUUUCCAUUUCGACACCAUUCAAGGGUACACCAUUGGCGAAGACAAAUGGAGAGAUAUCAGAGCUCUGAGACCAUGCUGCAUGGUGAAUCUUGGAGUUGUUACCGUGGAUGGAGUUGCGUCAUUUGAUCUCAGGGAAGAAACAUUUGCAUCGAUUCAACUUCCACCAUUUGAGAUGAAAGAGACAGCCUCUUGUGCCACCCCCAAAAUUGCUUGCUAUAUAACUAAGAUAGACGAGAAGGUAUGUAUCGUGACUAUACCAUACCAAAGCCAUAUACCAAGGUGGCGCCGCUACAACACAGAGCUUUCUGGCGGGAUGGAUAUUUGGGCUCUUGAAAGUCAGACUGAGCACAAGUGGUUCCUAAAAUAUAGCAUCCAAACACCAUCUGUACACCGGUAUGUACCUCAGCCAUGCUUCAUCCACUGGGAGAGGAUCAUACUACAGGAUCGGGACGGUAAUGUGUGGUACCAUGAUUUGCAUGGCAAGAACGUGCAGAUUGAGCACAGAGAGGAGGUGAAGCUUUUAGACAUAGGAGCCUACAGAUUCUAUGAGACGCAAUCCUACUUCUACAAGGAGACACUUGUUCCUUUGAGUGUAUAUGCAGGGGCAGCCAUUGUCCGUGCACCACCUCGGCCUCUUGCUUCUCCAGUUGCUUGACAUUAGUUUGAUUGUGAGAGCACAAAUGGAAAUGUGUUAUUUGAUGAUGAGUGAUUGACAUGUUGGUGAUUGAGAGCUUUCGGUUUGCGUAGCAUGUUUCAAUUGGUUUGAUUAUGUUUAUGGCUAACCGUGGGUGAAAACAGAUGAUAUGUGGAGAGAUGUGUUUCUUGGCUCAUGAUGUGUAGGUGCACGGAUGGACACGGCGGUCGAUGGCAAAGGCGGUGAAGGGCGCGUGGAGGUGUGUGGCCGAUGGACCGUGCUAAGCCGGGUGGAGCUGUGGGCGAUCCGCAUCGCUCACAUGGAGAGUGCAAGAAACCAUGUUGGAAGAGAAGGAAAUGGAGAUGGCGUCGACCAAGUCAAGGCGGAAUGGCGAUGGCAAGCGAGAGGCGGCCCGGUGGCGGGUGCGUGAAUGCUUGAAGGCGUCGAAGGUCAUGGCGGAGGUUGGACACGCAUCUUCAUGGAGGAUUCAUGUUUGAAGAAGCAUGGAGGACGGUUUGCCUGUUUUUCCUCAAAACUGGGGACAGAGUCGGAGGAUGCGUGGCAUCUUCAUGGAGCUUGCUUGGAGACAAAGCAGAGUGGUGAAGGAGCUGGGUCCGUCCGAUGGACAACUAAAGUUUUGGACCAUUUUGCCCUUCGGGGAUAAUAUCUAUAUAUUAGUCUUAGGGGCAUUUUGGGAAUUGUCCAUUUGCCUAUAUAUAUAUAUAUAUAUAUGAGAGAGAGGGCUGGUGCAGAGAACUCUCUGAGUGCAAAACCAGAGCAUGUCAACCUCUUUUCAAGACUAAUAUUCAUUUUUGCUACUUCAUUAGCUUGGUUAGGGCUUCAAGAGAGAGAGGGGUUAGGGUUUUAAAUCUUUUCCUUUUUCUCUUCAAGAGUGGGAGGAUGAAGGGUGGUUUCCAAGUUAUGUAUCUAUGAAUCUUGCUUAGUGCAUAUUUCUUUUCAUCUGUUGUUUAGAAAUUCUGUGAUACUUUUGAUCUCCCUCCUUUUAAUCUCUUGUUCUUGAAGAUUGAGUUGAUUUUUCACUCCUCGCAUUUGACAGCAAGUUCUUGUGUUUUGUUGGGGCAAAAGAUUGCCAGGACAUGUGUGAGAACAUCUAAGGUGAUUCCAAAUUUAUUUCCUCAUAUGAGCACCUUUUAGUUGUUUUUCCCUGUUACAUCUAUCUCUGUGUGCUUUAGGUCGAAUCCAUAAAAUAGAGGUUGAAAUCUUGAUCUCUUUGAGGAGAUCUUUUAGAUAAAGAUUCACAGCGUUCGUGAGAAGCUGUGGUAAAAAUUUCGUUGGAUUUGGACCACGUUUGCUUAAUUUUCCUUUGUGGAUUUUGAGUUCUGAGUUACAGUUUUUCAGUACUGCAACCAGUUCGUAACUUCUGAUGAACAUUCGUGAACAAUGUUUUAGAACCAGAUCUUUUUAAGAUUUUACUGUUCAUUCGAGGCUGGUUUUCUGUUCGUUUGAAGUACUUUUGAGGCCGAUUUUACUGUUCACUCGAGCUCAUUUACCGUUCACUCGAGCUCAUUUACCGUUCACCGAGCACUCGGGCU